AUGGAGGUGGAGCUGGAAGGGAUGGAUAUGGAGGUGGGGGUGGAGGAGAUGGAGGCAUCGCAGUGGGGCUGGACAGGCACUCGCGUGCGCCCUGCCCCAGUCUCCCCCUUCUCUCCCGGCCAGAAAUCCCUUCUGCACAGGUUGGUCUUGGUGGCGAGGAGCUGCCCGGAGCUUGCAGACAAGCGGGAGCUGGCAGGGCACUGGGAGCGGCUUUUCCAGAGCUUGCAGCGCUACUACCAUGGCGAGGCUGUCACGGGGCUGCUGCUGCUGUACCCCUCCUGCGUGGCCCACGUGCUCGAGGCCUCCAGCGACAUGCUGUUUGCUGUGCUGCGGGACCUGCGGGACAUGAGGCAGCCGGGAUGCAGGUCCCCCAUUCUGGAGGCCAAGAUCCUGGUGCUGUCGCACGACAUCCCCACGCGGCUCUUUCAGCAGUGGAGCUAUGAGGUGCUGAGCGUGUCUGCGGGGCCCGCGGAUGCCAGCACCGAGCCCCUCGAGGGCCUGGCGAGCAGGUGCCUGGGGGCACUGCUGCGGCUGGGCGCACUGCUGUCGCAGCCCCCCGAGAGCUGCCCGCACCUCCCUGGCGGCCUGGUGGAGCGGGUCCCCGAGCUGCUGGGUUUGGAGGCCACCCUUGGCUGCCUCGUGGCACGUGACGAGCUGCAGAGCCCUGAGCAGUUCCUGCAGGCCUACGCCAGCCCCCUGCACCCCGGCCUUGACGCGGCCGGCACGUGGCCGGUCCCCGAGCACCUGGCGCUCCCCGCCGCGGCCUGGGAGCAGACGUGGCCGGUGGGCACGGCCCCCUGAGCACGCCGCGGGGCCCCCGCAGCCGCCAGGACACUGGAGCAGCACCAAGGCUUCCCUGCGGCUCCUGGGAUUGCAAGUUGAUGGCGACAAGGAGAGGGUGCUGUGCCGGUCCAGGACCCUCAGCCCCCCCCCAUCCCGCAGGAAAGGUCAGGAGCUAGUCAAUGGGGCUGCUCCGACCCCUGGGGGACGGGGGCACGGGGCUGUGUGCCUGCGGGAGGGACGGGGUGGCAUUGCCUCAUCCCUGUCCCCAGCAAAAUAAUAAAUCCGCACUUCUGUGGGCAGAUGUCUUCCA